AUGCAUGAAGAGGAGGUGAACGAUUCCACACACAACCAAUGUCAACAGAAGGAACUAUUUCUAACAGCAAACACAGAAGACCAUCCACAAGAAGAAUCUCUUCUUGAAAAGAAACAUGUAUUGGCCUCGGAGGAAGAAUACGAUGAGGAUAGAAAGAAAAGAAAAAUUAAGCACGUCAACGGUCAAGAAGGUUUUUUCAUGGAUAUACUGAAGCAUAUAUUUCUGUAUUUAGAUGUUCCUGACUUUGGCUAUUCUCGACCAUGGUUCGUUUGUAAAUAUUGGAAUCAAGUAUUUUGCAAAAAGGGACAUAAGUUCCCAAAACUCUAUCUUCAUUCCUAUUUUAGCUUGAAUGAGGAACAAAAGACAAGCUUGAAUGAGAUGUUGAAGGAGUUUGGAAUGUCUCACAAAAAUACAUUUGAAAAACUAUUGAAAUGCAUGAAUUGGAAUUUUGUUGAAGAACUUGACACUCUCUUUCGUGAAUACAAACAAAAUCCUUCAGAGAGAUUGCUAUCACAAAUGGAAAAGCUGGUACAGUUUCAGAAGCGCAUCUCUUCCAAGCAAGAUUUUGAAAGAGUGAUCCGAAAAAAUCUACCACCGUCUGUUCAAAUUAUGGACGAGCAUGCAAAGUUAACAUCAUUCUCAAUAUUGAAAGAAAAUCUUUUCAAGAUAAUUGUUGUCACAAAUCAAAAGGAAGAACAGACUGAACGAGAAGACUACAAUACACUCUCAAAAAAGAAAAUAUCUUGUAUCACCUUCUUAACAAACGGUUUUCCUUUGAAAUUUACAAUUUCAUAUCGCUCUACAUGUACAGAAACUGGAUAUGGAAAGCAUUCAAGUAUCAAUGAUUACGAAAUUACUGAAAUAAGGUUUGAAGGAGAUGUUGUGUUAAAAGUUUCAUCUGAAGUUGUAUCGAAUCCUUAUGGAGAUGAUCAUGUUGAGUUUGAACAUUCAUUAGAAUUUGAAUGUUGGAAAAAUUUUCUAGUAUUGGAAACGACACCUCCUCUCAGUACUGACCAACAAUAUGCAAGUAUUUUGAUUUAUUGGUUAAAACAAUUUUUGGACAUUCCUUUCCCAACAGAGGUGGAUACUGGUCUGAGUGAAGUAAGAUUUUGUGAAAAAAGUCAAUCUAUCGUUUGA